AUGUCUACAGCCACCACAGUAACAUUACCAUCAAGUCAAAGAGACCUUAGUAUGUCUAAUAAAGAAGCCAUUAAAUUAAGUACUACUGGUGCUACUACCAAGUUGUCACAACACGAAAUAAUACCCGCUAAAAGAGAUGUUGGUGCAUUGGCUAAUAGAAUCAAUUUAGAAACCAGAUCUUUACAUGACAAAGUGGACAAGAUGGUUUCUUUAAAGAUGGCUAUUGCUUUACGUAAUUACAAAGUGUAUCGUCAAGGAUUACAAGCAUUUUACCACAUUUUUGCCAGUAUAGAAAAAGCUUUAAAUUACCAAUUGGAACAAGAUUCACAAUGGUCAGAUAUGUUGAAACAAGUUUGGAAACCAGAAAUUGCCAGAACUGCUAGAGCUGAACAAGAUCUUUUAUUCUUUUAUGAUGACCAUAAGGAAAAGUUUAUCAGCCCCAAAAUGUCUCAACAAAUUAAAUUUUCCAAUCAUAUUAUAGAAGCAACUAAAGAAAAACCAUACUUGUUGUUUGCAUACCUUCACGUCAUGUACUUGGCCUUGUUUGCGGGUGGAAGAUUAAUGAGAUCGUCAUUUGCCAAAGCCACUGGGUUUUACCCACUGAAGGAUGGAUUAAAACAUGAAGACAUUAUCAAGAUGGGAUUCAAUUUUUUCAACUUUGAUGUUACUGAUGAAAAUUUAUUGAGAAUUAUUUACAAGAGAGAUUAUGAAUUGGUUACUAGAAAUGGAUUAACUGAAGAACAAAAAUUGGAAAUUAUUGAAGAAUCAAAAUACAUAUUUGAACAAAAUGCUCAAUGCUUAUCGGAAUUGGAAGCUUACAACAUGGAAAAGAUACAUGGUACUUGGACCUAUAUGGUUUUAACUAAAGGUUAUUAUGCAUUGUAUGCUAUUGUUGCCAUAAUAGUAUUGUUGUAUUUGCAAAAAAUUAUUAAUCACUUUAUAUAA